UCGCAGCUUCGAGAUGGGUAAGAUGGCGGCGGCGGUGGCUUCAUUGGCCACGCUGGCGGCAGAGCCCGGAGAGGACGCCUUCCGGAGACUUUUCCGCUUCUACCGGCAGAGCCGGCGGGGGACGGCGGACCUGGGAGCCGUCAUCGACUUCUCAGAGGCUCACGUGGCCCGAGUCCCGAAGCCCGGCGUGCCCAAGGUAGUCAGAUUUCAUCUGAAUGUGUCCUCAGUGAGCGAGCAUGAUGCCUGUAGGGCAGGGCUUCAGCCUGUGAGCAAGUGGCAGGCCUAUGGACUUGAAGGCUAUCCAGGAUUUAUUUUUAUCACAAACCCAUUCCUCCCGGGAUGCCAGCGGCACUGGGUAAAACAGUGCCUUAAAUUGUACUCUCAGAAACCUAAUGUGUGUAACCUGGACAAGCACAUGACUAAAGAAGAGACCCAAGGUCUGUGGGAACAGAGUAAAGAGUUCCUAAGGUCUAAAGAAAUGAAUAAACGAAGGCCCCGAAGUUUGCUGGAGAGGCUUCGUUGGGUCACUCUGGGCUACCAUUAUAACUGGGACAGUAAGAAAUACUCAGCAGAUCAUUAUACACCUUUCCCUUCUGACCUGGCUUUCCUCUCAGAGCAAGUCGCCGCUGCCUGUGGAUUUCAGGGUUUCCAAGCAGAAGCAGGUAUCCUGAAUUACUACCGCCUAGACUCCACACUGGGGAUCCAUGUGGACCGAUCUGAACUAGAUCACUCCAAACCCCUGCUGUCCUUCAGCUUUGGACAGUCUGCCAUCUUUCUCCUGGGUGGCCUCAAGAGAGAUGAGGCCCCAACAGCCAUGUUUAUGCACAGUGGUGACAUCAUGGUGAUGUCGGGGUUCAGCCGCCUGUUAAAUCAUGCAGUCCCUCGAGUCCUUCCACAUCCUGAUGGGGAAUGCCUGCCUCACUGCCUGGAGACUCCUCUUCCAGCUCUCCUACCUAGUGGUUCACUGCUUGAGCCCUGUUCUGUGGAGGACUGGCAGGUGUGUGCUACCUACUUGAAAACUGCUCGAGUUAAUAUGACUGUUCGACAGGUUCUGGCCACAGGCCAGGACUUUCCUGUAGAACCCAUGGAGGAGACAAAAAGAGACACUAGUGCAGAUGGUUUGUGUCAUCUGGAUGACCAGAGUAGCCCAGUAAAACGGGUGCGGUUAAGUCCUGACAGCUAAGACUUAGGGGCUGGGUUCUCUUACUCAGACAGGCUUCUGUUGCCAUGCAUUCUAGCCCUGAGACAAGCCACACAAAGAGCCAGGAAAGAAGUCAUCCAUCACGCUGCUGACUUCGGCACGUCAUGGAGAGUAAACUGAUUAUAGUUUGCUCAGAGAAGUGUUUUCUCGUAAGGAGAAGGAACUUGUUUGGUCAGACCACGUUGGCAUAAUGAUACACACAAACUUCUUGGCCUCUGCUGUUGUCUCUGAGGGGGAAGAAGUGAGUUCAUAUGUCUGUGGUGAGUCAGUACCUCAGAGUUUGUUAGGAAAUCAGGUGUCUUCCUCUAAGCAAUAUAUGAUCUGUGAGCCAGCCACCAGAGUUCCUAACUCCUACUCACCAAACUCUUUGAGCUCCUCUUCUCUCACAGAGGACUCUUAAACAGUGGAAUUAAAGUGUCCGCCGGGAGCAGGAAUUGUCACUUGGUUGGUGGAGCACAGGCCUGCGGUGCACCAAUCUGGCUCCAGUGCCACAUACGUCAGGCGUGGUGCGCACCUUUUGCCCAGCACCCCAGGGGGAGAACCAGAAGUUCAAGGCCAUCCUAGGUUUCCAGACUCUGGUGGCUUUUUAGUUCAAUGGGCUAAAGUGUUAACUGUUUUCUCCAUGAAUAAACUUACUUGACUGUAAAUUAAAGAUCUGUAUCUGCCUUUGAGGGUGAGGGUAUCAGAGAUGCGCUUUUUCCUCAUGGUAUUGAAGCCUCUGGCUGUUUCUCCCCAAGUUUUAUGCCUGUCACGGGAAGAAUGUACCUUGACAAUCAGUCCAGUUGCUGCUGUUUUUCUGAUGUCAAAAAUAUGUCAUCUCCAUGGGGAAAUUUUGGUAUUAAAGGGGAGUUUGGUACUUCUUUCUAGAAAAUGGGUGUGUCUGUUAGUUUGGGAGGCUGAGACUUGGUGGAAGCCACUCUGCAGUAAGUUUUCAUUGUUGUUCAUUAAAUGUGACCCACCUGAAACCAGGAAGCUGUCAUUUGGUAAAGCCAGCAAAGAUUAUCAGUAUCAUUAAAACAAACUCUUUAGGUACUAGCAUUGGCCUGAGUUUAGGAGCAAAUGGAAAGAGGCUAGCCAAGAGCAGGAACAUGUCUCCAUCCCAAGCUCCUGACGGAGCAUGCUCAAGUAAGUUACAGGUCAGCAAAUGGCAGCCCAGCUUCAGUUUCUUUGUUGUUUGCUGUUUCUAAGAGGCUGUGGGUUGUGGGGGAGGGGUUAUAAGACAUAAAAAUUGUAUGAAGUUCCAACAUCCAGAAUGUACUUCUUGAGGGGGCAGCUGGAGAGAUGACCCAGAAGUUAAGAGCAUGUAUUGCUCAUGCAGGAGAACCUGGGUUCAGUUCCCAGUCCCCAUAUGGCAUCUCAUAACCAUCUGUAACUCCAGGGAUGCCAACAGGGUAUUCUGGCCUCCCGUCCCCAGGCACACAUGUGACACAUACCUGAGGCAAACAGUCAAAUACAAAAUAAAAAUCUAUUUGUGUGUGUGUUUGAAAGACUUUGGGAACAAGUCUCUUUGCUUGAGUUAAAAAAUAAGUGAACGUACGGUUAGAAAGUUGCCACAGAGCCUGGAAGAUAUGAUCUGCACCUUGACAGCAAGUCUAACCUAAGAAACCUCUGAAGAAAGGGCGCCAGCAACAAGCCUGACACCGAGGAGAGAACAAUGGGAAGUAGUGUUUUUAAACUUGUCAGUUACCAGUGGAUAGAAUUGAAAUGCAGCGUAGUGUAAUUGGUAUGGUGUCAGUGCACAGACAGUAAGUGUGGGCAGUGUCACUGUAAUACUCACCUGUCCUGUGAAGGAGGGAAAGUACUGGCCUUGGCUGUUUGCAUUGCGGGUCCCAGGUUGUGUCCUUUUUUCUUCUGAUACCAUUUAGAAUGGGCACUUGCUAAAUGUUUUCAGAUGUGUGUUCUUGGGCCCAGUAAAUUUCACUUCUGAGAAUUGAGUCUUCAAAAGUCAUGAGAAAACAUUUGGGAAGUUUUUUUGUUGAAAAAUAAAUAUUUAUCAUAAUGAAGAGAAAGCCUGAUCAUUAACUAUGCAGAGUAAAGUUUUGUAAGAAUGUUACAUAUUCCUGAAUUAUUUAAAGUUUAUGUCUUGCCUGUAUGUAUUUCUUCUCUAAUGUUUCUAUUUACAUAUUUCUAAAAAAGAAGCUUCAGUGAAUGUGAAUGCUUUUGUGCUCCCUUGUACUAAAAUUUACAAUAAAAAUAUUAAAAAUCCAUACUUAUUUUUUAAAAAAUAAAAAUUUUAUUCUUUUAAAA